GAGGCUCCUUCAUAAUGACGAAUUUCCCGCCAAAAACUAAAAACCAAAAACUAUGGCGUCGGUAGCUCAGUUUGACGUGGAGAGCGUUCUUGCUAAAUUUAAAAAGCUAGAGGAUGCUAUCAAAAGUGGCAUAGAUGCAAGCCAAGAAAUUGCCUUAGAUUGCGAAGAGAACGAUGCUGGUUGCAAGGAAAUCCGACAACUCAAAGAUGUCAUGCUUGGGUAUGUGAGUAUGAGUCGCGAUAUCAAGCAGUGGGAGAGAGUCGCACGAAAGACGGUUGCAGAUUUUCGUAAAGACUACGAUCCAGCCAGUACUCAGCCAACCAAUAUCGAAGAAAUUUUCAACCAAAAUUUGCAAAAGGAACAAUCAGCCAACAGUCCAGAAGACCUUGAGAGGCACAAUGCUCUCAGAGAGUUCAAGGAGAAUAUCUGGAACAUUCACCAUUCAGAAGAGCAAUUCUUAGAUGAAGAAGCUACCCAAGAUGAUGAUAGCAUUUUAAUUGGAAAGAAAACAGGAGACAGGUUACUUUGUCCAAUUACAAUGACUGAGAUGAAAAACCCAAUGAAAAGUAAAUUAUGUGGUCAUAGUUACGAUAAAACAGCCAUUGAACAACAUAUUAAAAGGAUGAGACAAAAAGCAAAAUGCCCAGUGGUUGGAUGUCAAUAUAUACUCAAAAUGGAUGACUUAAUAGUGGAUAUCAUACUCAACAGAGAACUAAGGAAAAGGCAUUAGAUAACUUUUUGUACUCGUAUUACAACAAGCAAUACACAUCAGUUUGAAACAUUUAAUAUGUAAAUAUAUUUGUUUAGAAACAAGCUUCUUAUUUUUAAAACGUUUGCCAUUCUGUGCAGUAAAAGUGGAAAACAGCUUUGCAAGAAAUCACUGCCGGACUUUUUACAGCUGCCACUAUUUGUAGCCAUAAUUUGAAAGAUCUCAGACCAUUACAACCAUAGCCAUGCAGUAGAGAAUGAAGCUCUGCAGGAAUAUCUUGAGUCAUAAAAAGCUAAAGCAUUUGGAUUUGAAAUAAAUAUUUUAAUCAAUUAUCUAAGCACACAUUUUAGGAUGACACAAAUAUACAAAAUACUUCUAUCUACUCUUGUCAACUUGAAAAGCAAUAAAAGGCAUCCAUGAAACAAAUUGGCCAGAAAGUUUGAAUAUUGUUUCAAAUGUUCAAUGUAUAAAGUAGUUUUUAAGCAAAAUUGAUUGCUCCUUGGAUCAAAAUUCAACUUUCUAGAAUACUGUGUUUCUGUAUGGCAAGCUUUAUAAUGUUUGGUGCAUAAAUUUGAUACUUUCAGAUCUCAGUUUUCUGCCUAAGGGAUGCCAAUUUGCUUCAUGAUAUAAACACAAGCAAGUACAAAUUAUCUCAAUUACACUUUCUUAUCUUCUGAAAAUUAAGUCAAUUUCAUAGAUGCAAUCCUUGUUAAAAAUCACAUUUACUGAUAAGUAACAAUCUAUACCUAGUUAUAUCAAUAAAAAGUUUGUUUAUCUAUACAUAAAACUCUGUCUUUACCUGGAAAACAUUCUGAUAUUGUGGUUUUUAGGGUAAAAAUUUGUAAUAAUAACAAAACACAAAUUCUAACAUUUUAUACUGAAUAUGGUCUAUCGAAUACAGUUUGAAUGAUUUGGAUGUAUUGGGUCAAUCAUAAGUAAAUACAAUACAAUUUAACAUUUUACGUGGUCAAAAUGCAAUAAAAAUAUGUUGACCAUGAGCUGGGAAGAGAAACUCUUUGCCAGUUUCACAUUAAACUGUUAACAAGCUGAAGUUUUUCCUAGCUUGUGGUAAUAUUUUCAUCACAUUUCGCAUCAUGGAGUCAAUUAUUAAGCUAACUUUUACAAAGCAUGACAAAAUUUAUUGUAAGCUCUUUCAGAUUGUCAUAGUGCUCUCAAGACUCUUUUCACAAAUAACACCAAGCAUUUGAGCUGCUUUGAUAAAUUCUUUGAGACUGAGCAUAGGUCUGAGGUUCUGAAUGACUGUUAUGGUUACUAAAUAUGAGGGCUGGUUGCCCAUAGCUGGAGUUAUUAGCCAUAUAUUUGACAUGUUGUACAAAAACUUUGUUACAUUUUUUAAAAACACAUUGUUAAAUGGUUUUACCAAUUUCAUUUCUUUCAAAUUUUUAAUAGGAGAAAUUCUUUAAAUUUUGAUUUUUGCAUCAAUUCAGUAAGAAAUUCUAUAGCCUUGCGUUGAUUUAGGGGAGCAAAGCUAGACAAAUUUUUACUCCCAAUAGCUAUAAAGUUCAAAUUCUGAAACAAGACAAACCUAGCCACUUAUAGUUAAAACAUAAAUGCAAUCAACAAACUGGAUGAAAGGUCUUAAAAAUAAAUACGCAGAAACUUUUGUAUCAGAUUCUGUGGAACAAUAACUCAUAAAGGCCAACGCGUUUUAAAUUAAAGUUACUGAAAUGUGAAUGCAUUCACUCCAUAGUCUUGAGGUUUUUAAUUAUCGAACUGGAAAAGCUUUCCUUCUCUGAUCCUCACUCUUUCUUCGUGUCUUUUUGCUAAUCCACUUCAUAGGCUGCAAAGGUGUUGACUUCUUUUCCUCUAAUUCUAAAAUUCCAUGUAUUGGCAUGUUAGUGGACAUGAAAUUUCUCACAGACUCUGAGUCAGAAUCUGAAUGUCGCCUAUGUCUACGGUAACUAGGUGGCACAAAGUCAAAUGCAUAAUCAUAUGCACUCAUUCCAAACACUUUUCCAUAGCUUAACCCAGUAGAUUGUGGGUCCUGACCAUUUGCCUCAGGAAGUUCAUAAUUAUAGCCAAAACUUGGAUUAUAAGUGGGAAUUUCAAUUUGUGAAAACUCUGACUCAGGCAUCAUUUCCAUUUCCGGCAUCAAUUCUGUCUCAGGGACCUCAUUUGUUUGGGUCAUUGGAGUGGCUCGUCUUGCAUAGGACCCAUAGUCCAAGAUAACCUUUCCGUCAGCGACAGCAAUGUGAGGUGAGCGCAGUGCUGUUCUUACUUCACUCUCAGGAAGUGGUAUAUCUUCAAUUGGACCUGGUUUUCCCUUGUUUUUGUUUACUUGUGGAUUCCUUGCUAUUUUCUCAGUUCCAGAUACUAAAUUGAACCCACCUGCAACAGCUUGCUUUGGAUCUUUAGUGGGGUCAAUAUCAACAGCAAGCUUUUUUGGUGUUCCAUCAUUAAUCUGUUUUGCUUCUUUUGAUUCUGAAGGUGUUGGAUUGGAAGACUUUGAAGACAUUGA